CUUCAUUGUUGCAGUACAACAAAGUUUGUUGUUUGAAGUGACGAACACAUUUCAAAAGUUGUCCCUACAAUGGGGAAGGAUGGCCCAAAGCGGGGGGAUUACGUUGUGGCAGUGAUGGAUGCAGUCAAGUGUCCUAUUAACAUAACAUUGUUCCUAAUAUGCAUUUUACUCGUUUAUUUAAGUCUGAGGCCACUGUUAAGAAAAAAGAAAUCUCAGAAAUGUGAAGUCCCGAAAAUGGGGAAACGUGAUUUCACAUUAGAAGAACUUCAGAGCUUCGAUGGCAGUGGCGAACAUAAGAGAAUAUUAAUCGCAGUUAAUGGUAAGAUAUUCGAUGUCACGAAUAAAGGACAGGGAUUUUAUGGCAAGGGCGCACCGUAUGCUGCUUUUGCCGGUAGAGAUGCAUCAAGAGCACUUGCGUGCUUCAACCUUGAAACAAAAAAUGACUAUGACGAUCUUUCUGAUCUUACUGCUGAUCAAAUGCAAACCCUGAGGGAAUGGGAACUUCAGUUUUCCGAGCGUUAUGAUCAUGUUGGGCGACUUUUGAAGCCUGGAGAGCCUCAUCGGGUUUAUGAAGUCAAUGAUGGAGAAGAUGACGUUGGAACCAACCAUGUUCAAAGUGCACUUAAGAAAAAAGUAACUUGAAAGUGUCUACUUCUGUUCUAAGUAUCUUAUGUAUCUAAACUUAGAAUAUGAUUUUCUUAUCUGGACUGAUCAUCCAUGAUGCCUACAUUACAACUCCCAGUUAUUAUUUUUGACUUGGUUUUCGAUCCGUGCAAUAAUAAAACCGUUAAAUGAAACACUCGUCUACACAAAUAUGUGCACCAUGGAGUGAAUCUCUUAAAAUUCAAACAUAAAUCUACAUUUCCGGGUAUUUGUUUAUUGUAUUUUGUUCUUAUAAUUAAAAAUCAUUUUGAAUACACUAUAUGUUUGACCUGGUUGCUACUGCUUAAUCAUAAUGUAAAUAUUUGUAACUUUCCACAAAUAUACAUGUUAAAAGCUUAUUUUCAUCCCAGAGCCUCAUUUUUCGUUGCUCGG